GUGCUCGUUUCGUUGAUACCAGGAGCUCCUGAGCUUCCAACUCCUGUUCGAUCAAUAGUGCGACUGAGCGGGAUGGCCACUGUGAACACAUUGAAAAGAUACUUAGCUCAAAGCAUGUGGUCGAAUAUGUCGCGGUAUAGCGAAUUGGAUCUAUUCUGCAAUGAUGAACUAAUGGGACGAGAUUUUUCAAUGCGAUUUAUACAUCUAACUCGAUGUCGAAAUAAACUAAAAGAUGAACCUUUGAGGCUUGUAUAUAAAUAUCAUAUUGACUUCUAAUG